CCUUCUUCUGUUUAACCGUACAGUGCAUAUAUAUAUAGCUCACCGCGUAUAUACAUAUAUUUUCACUCCUAUAUAUAUCAAACCCAGAUUCCCAAUUAUCCAUACAUCUUCCUCUGUUACACUGUUGGCUCAAUCAACAAUGAACAUCUUUUCCAAGAAACCCAAUGCUAAAGAGGCGCUUCGGGAGAGUAGAAGAGAACUAACCCAUGCUACCAGAGGUAUUGAGAAGGAAAUUUCUGCUUUGCAAUCAGAGGAAAAGAAACUUGUUGCUGAGAUAAAAAGGACUGCUAAAACUGGAAAUGAGACAGCAACAAAAGUACUAGCACGUCAGUUAGUCAGGCUUAGACAGCAAAUAGCCAACUUGCAAGGUAGUCGGGCUCAAAUGAGAGGUAUAGCGACUCACACUCAGGCAAUAUCUGCCCAAUCUUCGGUUGCUGCAGGCAUGAAAGGAGCCACUAAAGCUAUGACUGCUAUGAAUAAGCAAAUGGCCCCUGCGAAGCAAGCGAAGGUGAUGCAAGAUUUCCAGCGGCAAUCAGCUCAAUUGGAUAUGACGACUGAAAUGAUGUCAGACGCCAUAGAUGACGCUAUAGAUAAUGAUGAAGCGGAAGAGGAAACUGAAGAUUUGACAAACCAGGUCCUUGAUGAAAUUGGAGUCGAUGUUGCCUCACAGCUGUCAACAGCUCCCAAGGGCAAAGUUGCUGGAAAAAGGACCGAGGAAUCAAGCAGUUCGGGGAUUGAUGAGCUGGAGAAGCGAUUGGCUGCACUUAGAAAUCCUUGAUCUCAGUAUCUUGGACUAGUCCUUAUGUUGUUGCCUCCAACAUGAAACAGGAAUUUCCAUAAGUUGUGUACAUAAUUUUGCUCCAAGAAUGAUGUGAUGCAUCAAUCCUUGGUCUUCUUUGAGGUGAAGUGUCAUAAUUGGUCGUCCGAAAGCUACAAACAAUGUAUUAGUUGUUUGAUAAAAUCUUGGCAUGGCUUUCUUCUUUCA